AACAAAACAUCUUCAAAUUGCUCACUGAAACAUCAUUUGAACAAUAAUGACAGAUAGCAGAUCCACCUCCACACUGGCGGUGGUAUCGUCUUUGUUGGCCAACCUUGCCCUAUUUGGUUGCUUUUUGGGUGGCUUCUUGCUCUUGAGGGUCAAGUUCAAGAGAAUUUACAGUCCCAGAUCAUCCUUCAAAAUCGGCCCCGAGGAGUCUCAACCCCCUGAACUAUCAAUUGAUCCCAUCUCGUGGAUCUUCAAGUUGCUUUUCAGAACCCAGUCACAAGUCAUUCAGUAUGCUGGGUUGGAUGGGUACUUUUUCUUGAGAUACAUUUUCAUGAUGAUGGCCAUCUUCUUUGGAGGUGUUUUCACGUAUGUGAUUUUAUUACCGAUAAAUGCCACAAAUGGAAACGGAAACGAGGGGUUCGACCAGCUAUCAAUUUCCAACGUCAAAGACCACAACCGGUACUAUGCCCAUGUACUUGUUGGAUGGGUGUUCUAUGGAGCGGUCAUGGCGGUGAUUUUUAGAGAACUAUUCUUUUACAACUCCAUAAGGUGUGCAGCUUUGGCGUCUCCCAAGUACGCAAAGAAGUUGUCGUCAAGAACCAUUUUGUUCCAGUCGGUUCCGGAUGCUUUGUUGGAUGAAAAGCAGUUUUUCAAGAUGUUUAACGGAGUGAAGAGAGUGUGGGUGGUGAGAAACUUGAGGAAGCUUGACGGCAAGAUCAGAAGGAGAACCAACUUGGUUCAUAAGUUGGAGGCAGCGGAAAACAGUUUGUUGGCGAAGGCCUACAAGAGGAAGUUGAAGAGCGAAAAGAAGAAGGUUUUGGUGGAAGACCCAGGAAACAUCAACUCUUAUGUUCCUGAGAAAAAGAGACCCCGGCACAGAGCCAAUGGGCUUUUCAAGUCAAAAGUUGACACCAUAGACUAUUGCUUGGAAGAAAUUCCCAAGGUUGACGCUGAAGUCAAAAAACUUCAGAAGGCCCAUAAGACUUCUAAACCCAAAAACUCCAUUUUCGUCGAGUUUGAAAACCAGUACACCGCCCAAUUGGCGUUCCAGUCCACUAUUCAUCACAAUCCCUUGAGAAUGAAGGCGUGUGCCACCGGAAUGGAGCCAGGAGACGUGAUUUGGGCCAACUUGAGGUUGUUUUGGUGGGAAGCAAAUGUGAGAACUUUGAUUGCAAUUGCUGCCGUAACGGCUGUGAUCAUUCUUUGGGCAGUUCCAGUGGCCUUUGUGGGUGUGAUUUCAAACAUCACCUACUUGACCAACAAAUUGCCUUGGUUGAGGUGGAUUUUGAAAUUGAAAAAAAAGUUAUUAGGGAUUAUCACAGGUCUUUUGCCAACCAUCUUAUUGAAGGUGUUGUUUGCAGUUUUACCUGUGUUUAUUAGAGCUAACGGCCGAGUGGCGGGAUGUGCUACUGUCCAACAGAUUGAAUUGUUUGCCCAUGACACGUACUUUGGGUUCUUGAUUGUCAACUCGUUCAUCGUGGUAACCUUGGCCUCAUCUGCCUCAUCGGUGGUGACUCAGAUUAUUGAUAACCCUACUUCGGCCAUGCAGUUGUUGGCCAGUAAUUUGCCAAAAGCAUCGAACUUUUUCAUUUCAUAUAUUGUUUUACAAGGCUUCACCAUCAGUGGUACUACCUUAUUCCAGGUGGUUUCGCUAUUUGUGUUUUACUUUUUGACCACAUUGUUAGACAAAACCGUUCGGAAAAAACACACCCGGUAUACAACCUUGGAUGGAAUGACAUAUGGGACCACAUUCCCAGUGUAUAUCAACUUGGUGUGUAUCACGUUGGCGUAUGCCAUCAUCUCUCCCAUGAUUUUAAUAUUUGCAUUUUUGGCGUUCCUUUUGGUGUUUCUCGCCUACAGUUAUAACUUAACCUAUAUCAUGCUUCCCGGCCCCGACGUGAGAGGUAUGCACUAUCCUAAAGCCUUGUUUCAAACCAUCAUUGGAAUCUACUUGGGUCAAGUGUGUCUCUUGGGAAUUUUUGUGGUUGGUAAAGGUUGGGGUCCUAUUGUGCUCCAGGCCAUUGGUAUUGGGUUCACCGCAUUCUGCCAUUACACGUUGAACCAGAGCUUUGGGCACUUGUUGUCGGUUGUGCCAAUCGAUGUGAUGAAGCCUCUUGAUGGUGUUUCCGAGACUCCUUCCUACAAUGGCCAAACUGACUAUAAAACCAAGGUUUUGGACGUCAGAAGGUAUAGGCACCACCAGUCUCAACCCGACAAGCACUUGGAAGCGGCCAUUGCCAAUGAGAACAAGGUUAAUAGCCAGGUCAAACAAGACUUGAUCAAGGAAGACGCUGAGAUCAACCAGAACGAAACCGUCUACUCGGUGACACCAGUGUUGGCAGAUAGAGACAUGAAGAAGUUGGAAAGUACCAACUGGUUUGUGAGGUUCAUCAGACCCGAUGUGUUUGCCAACUACAGACACGCUCGUAGGUUAUUACCGGCCAACUAUAACGUUGAGCCGGACGAGGUCGAUGAUAGGCAUGCCUAUAGUUCUCCCAAUGUUGCCCAGACGCUUCCCACCAUCUGGAUUCCUGAAGAUCCAAUGGGACUCUCGAAGAUCGAGAUCGAGAAGGCCAAAGCCAAAAGUGCCAUCAGCAUGUCAGACCAGAACGCUGGUUUUGACACCAAGGGAAACUUCGUAUAUACGGGACCUCCUCCAGCAUAAUUAUUCAUUGUGUCUAUAUAGGCUUUUUCGCAACUGUCAAUAAAAGUCUCGUGAAAG